AUGGAGUACAAUCUUUACAAUCCGUUAAAAACGGACGAGAAAUCAUCCGAGACCGAGGAUAAAAAACGGGUCAAGCCGAAUAAACCAAGAAAGAGCGUGCUGGACAAUACUUCUUAUGUCGAAACACCGUUGUCUACGGAUCUGAAAAAUUUUAUAAAAAACGAAACCGGAGAUCAGUACGAGAAGAUGCUGCCGGUCAUCGAAAAGUUGUGUGCAGAACAGGUAGGCUCUGAUCUGUAUGAAAAGCUUAAUGAGGAGCUGCAGCAGUACCUGAACGAUGAAACGAAAAAAUUUGUUGGUAGGCUUUUGUUUUACAAGAAGAGAGCCUGCCGGGAUGGUAAUCGGUGCGAUAACCCCGAGAGCUGCAUUUUUGUACAUGAUGUUGCCGAUGAAGUCAUCUUUAACAGGGUGCCAAGUGCCUUUUCCGAUCCAUCUGUUCUAGAAAAGUACGCACAGGAGUACGGAAACGUACUUUCCAUCAAAAUGCUGAAUCAACAGAAGUACCUUGUUAAGUACGACAACGUGCAAAGUGCCCUGCAAUGUAUAAGGGAUAAGACACCAGUUCUUGGCAACAAAGAUAUUAAAAAGUUUUUUAAUAGAAAACGGACAGAUGUGAAAGACCUGUUUAGGGAGCAGGAUGAGUUGCUGAUGGCCCUUUUUGACAAGGGAGAGAAAAAAAUUGCGUUGCGACUGAAGAGCGUGCAGAACAAAAUCAAGGAAGCAGUGGAAAACAGCCGUAAAUAGGUUUCUACAUCGGCGCGUUCUAGCUUUACCUGCAAAUGACCGCAGAACUGUUCCAAAGGUUAGAAAUAAGAAAUUAUUCGGCAUACCGCACCUCAAGCUUACCUAAAGCUACAACAACCUUUUUAAUUAAAAUAUUUUUGAUACGAA